CAACAUUAAUAAUAAUAAUUAAUAACAAAAUGUAUUACCCUGAUUAAACGACAUCGAAAAAUCACACGACGUGGAUCGAAGCUCACGUGGAACGUCCGGCAUGCAUUCAACGUUAUCGCAAGCAUGGCCAGUCUGUAUUAGCAUGAGCAUGUUCGUACAUUCAUCGUUCGUUCGAUCGUUCGUUCGUUCUAAUGUACGUAUGAUAUAUAUCACACCCGCAUCCAUACAUAGCGAGUCCACCAGUAGCCAGCCUAACGGCAGCACGAAGCAGCAGUCACAAGAGAAAAGAUAAUAAGAAAGAGAAAUGAAGAAACGUGUGUGCCUCGAAUUCCAGUAAAGAUGAAUCCUGUACUCGCCUUCGAAUAUCUGUUCUUCGCCGUCUUUGGUCAAACAACCCACGGCGAGCUGAAGGUCGAGACUAAUCAGCCGCAGUGGACCUCGGUCCUGUUCAAGUUGGCCUUUGGUGUAUACAUGUUGGUCUCAGUAGUCGUAUUAAUUAAUCUACUGAUUGCCAUGAUGAGUGACACCUACCAGCGGAUACAGGCCCAAUCGGAUAUUGAAUGGAAAUACGGGCUCAGUAAACUGAUCCGAAACAUGCACAGAACGACCACCGCGCCAUCGCCCCUUAACUUGCUCACUACUUGGAUCGUGUACUUCAUCAAGGUGUGCAAACAACACGCCGCGAAACGAAAACGUCCCUCGUUAGUGCAUAUGAUGGGACUUCAGCGAGCUGCUCGUCUUUCGCCUAGAUCGAAGAUGGGAGCGAAAUGGUUGGCGAAAGUGAAGAAAGGUCAAGUUAGACCAAAGGACAGUGUAACUUUAUCUGUCGUGCAUUUGAGUCCUCUUGGUAGUCAAUUAUCCUUCAAUAGCGCUACGAGAAUAGAGAAUGUGGUUGACUGGGACUCGAUCCGUAAAAAAUAUUUAGCUUUGGCCGGUAAUGAGCCUGAAAAAGAAGCGGACAAGGAUGCUAAAAACGAAGAUGAGGAGAACGAGGAUGAAAACACACCUAUGGUUUCUAACUCUUCCACGGUACCAACGACUACAACGCCACCUGUUUAAAAGAAGUUGCUCCUUCGCCUCGGAAAAAUAUAAAAAAAGUUCGAUCAAUUAUUAUCAAAUUUUAUAGAUUUAUCGAGUGCGAUGAUGCAUAAAUAUUCUUAUCGCGCUGAAUAUCGU